CCGACCUUUUUUUUUUUUCUUUCUUUUUAUAUAUUUAGAAGUCGCAUGCGUAAAGACGGCCAAAUAAUCAGACUACACAUUCAUGCGAAUGUUCACCUUUACAGAAACUGAGCUUUUUGUCAUUUCAGUGUUGAGCGACACUAUUUUUGGUUCGGUUUUAGCUGACUGACAACUGCAUAGGUCGGGAACCUCCGCUGUCGUCUUGCUUGUAAGCUGUCACCAGAAUGGACGUGGCUCCUGGAUAAAAACAAAGACUGAGAUUGUCAUGUCUGUGAGUACUCUGCUUCUUUUCCUGGUCGGGACCUCGUUGUUCCAGGAAGCUACGUCGAACUUGACUGUCUUCAAGACCAGCACAGGUGUUGCAAUAGACGGAGGGUCCGUAAAUGCUUCACUGGCCGUCAUGUCUCAGAAUAACAACGACGAGUGUGAUGAUGUGAUGAACGUCAGUGCUGCAGACCGCUGUGCGUUUGUCAAGAACACACCCGACUGCAGCAUUGAAGAUGGCUUCUUUAACUAUCUUCAAGUGGCCUUCUGUCUGCUUCCCCCCAACCUUACACCACUCACAGUCAUCCUCUGUAUUAUAUGGCUGUUCUUUUUGUUCGUCAUACUUGGUCUCGUCGCAUCUAAAUUUUUUUGUCCCAACCUCUCCGCGAUCUCCACAAGUCUGCGUCUCACUCACAACGUAGCUGGUGUGACCUUCCUCGCUCUUGGUAAUGGAGCUCCGGACAUCUUCAGCGCCAUAGCCGCGUUUUCUCACCCUCACACCGCCGGGCUGGCAGUCGGAGCUUUAUUUGGUGCCGGUAUAUUUGUCACUACGGUCGUGGCGGGAAGCGUGGCCCUGGUCAAACCUUUCACCGUCGCCUCUCGUCCUUUUCUGCGUGACGUCAUCUUCUACAUGGUGGCAGUUUUCUGGACUUACCUCAUCCUGUACAGAGGGACUACCACACUUGGAGAAACACUGGGGUACUUGGGCCUGUAUGUGGUGUAUGUGAUGACAGUCAUCAUCAGCGCCUACAUCUAUAGCAGACAGAAACGGAUGCAAAGUGCCACGAUCGACAGUGUUUCACAUAUUCAAGAGGCGUUUGAGUCGUCGGACUCGUAUGAUAACAUUCCCCCUCUCCUCGCUGGAACGGAGGAAUACGAGUCAGAGUACAGGCCGCUCCUGCAGUACAACGAGUCCACCUGGCAGAUUUUUCUGAACUCUAUCAAUCCGGUGGACAACAGGAAGUGGAGGAGAAAAAACUGGAAAUGGCGAGUCGUCAAAGUAUUGAAGACCCCCGUGGAGGUCAUGCUGCUGCUGUGCAUUCCCGUUGUAGAUCUGGACAAAGAAGACAAGAACUGGAGACGACCGCUCAACUGUCUUCAUUUGGUCACCGCGCCACUCGUGUGCGUCCUCACUCUCCAGUCGGGAAUGUUUGCAAAUUAUUUAAUCGAGGGCCAGUUUCCUUUGUGGUUGCUGACUCUUCUGCUGGGACUCUUCCUGUGUUCUAUCGUGUUCUGCAGCACCACGAACGAGUGUCCACCUAAAUAUCACCCUAUUUUUGCUCUUUUAGGAUUCGUGGUGAGCGCGGUGCUGAUCAGUGCUGCUGCAUCCGAAGUGGUCAGUAUUCUGCACAUGCUGGGAGUGGUGCUCAGUCUCAGUAACACUGUGCUGGGCUUGACUCUCUUGGCCUGGGGGAACAGCAUAGGCGACUGUUUUUCAGACAUCACCCUCGCUCGACAGGGUUACCCCAGGAUGGCCAUAUCAGCCUGCUUCGGGGGCAUCAUUUUCAAUAUGUUGUUUGGAGUGGGUUUGGGCUGUCUCGUGCAGAGGAUCAAAACACACAUUGAAGUGCAGUUGGAACCAGAGGGACUGCUGACGUGGAUCCUGGCAGGUUCUCUAGGGUUGUCUUUGGUUCUGUCCUUCCUCAUCGUUCCAUUGAGCCGUUUCCACUUGGGUCGGCCUUACGGCGUCUUUCUCCUCACCUUCUACGCCAUUUUCCUCUUGGUUGCUCUGCUCGCCGAGUUUCACAUUGUUUAAGCAAUGGAGACACUACUCUGUAGAGGCCAGUCUCACAGAAGGGAAGUGAAAUUGACACACUGGAACCACCAAAGCACUGUUUUUAUUCUCAGUUUAACUGCUGCUUGUAAAUGUAAAAUUAUAUUCAUCGUAUGAAGCAGUUUUUACUGGCGAAUGCCAGACCAUGAAUGUGCCAUAGUAUUUUUAAAAAUCUGACACUGUAAUGCGGGUGUCCAAAAAAAGGACAAAUCAAUGAAGCAGUUUUGCUUUUUAACUUUAUAUAAUCACUAAGUGUACAGUACAUGACAAUCAAGAUCAUUUGGAAGCAAUUACAGUAUUAUGCUUUUCACACAGUGUUGUCUUUUUUAAUUUCACAACCUGCCAAAAAUGAGUCUGAAGAGUUUAUUAAAAUCCCUGUACUAAGUACAGCAAUUAAGUAUCCAUCCAUCCAUUAUCUUCUAUAAAGGAACAUUUGCAGUAAGUGCUUGAGGAAUGAGUUGAGAAAAGACUAGACUCAGGGUUUCAGGGCCGUGCAGAGACCUGGAGGGGCAGGUACUCAUAAAUCAAAAGGGGCAAAUGAAUAAGAAUUUAAUACACUUUACAACAACAUAAUUUCCAGUUUAACAGUAUAAUUGGCUGUGACUGUCACAGACUUUAAUUGGGAGGGGGAAUAGUGAAUAGAAAUCAACACUGUCAUCAACACUUUUUGGCUGUGACUCAGUCAAGUCUUUGCCUCUUUUGUUCCUUCAAUGUCUAUAUCCAAAUUUCCUUCCUCAACUUGUUGUUCAUCUGAGAACAAACAAAAAAAACGUUCAAAACAAUUUUGCAUUGUGAAAUAAACAUGGGAAAAAAAUGUAUUAAAUUCUUUUUUUCCGUUUGCAAGUGA